UCAACUCAAAAGCUAGCUCUCUGCAUUCUAUUCUCUCUCUAUCUUGUAAACUGAAAACCUCGUCAGUAUGGCAACUUCAGAUGCGGAGAACCCCCCAGCAGAGAAAGAUGGCAGCGGGGAACUUACCCUGAUACAGGAGAUUUUUAGUCUGGAGCGGGGACGUUAUCUUAUCAUAUGGAACAAACUAUUUGUAACAUCAUGCAUAUUUGCUGUCUAUCUGGAUCCUUUCUUCUUUUACGUCCUGAUCAUCGAUCAGCGUAAAAAGUGCCUUCAAAUGGACAAAACGUUGAGUAUUGUUGCUUUUCUUGUGCGAUCACUCACGGAUUUCGUUUUCCUGGUGCAUUUGAUAUGUGAAAUUUGUUACAAUGUUAGCGUGAAAAGUAAACGCUCCACGGCGGUGGGACAAACGGGGGGAAAUUCAGUUACGAAAUUGAAAAUCAGAAAGUUUAUAGCUCAAAAGAUGCCGUGGUUAACUGUCUUCACUGUAAUAGACUUUUUGGCUCUUAUUCCCCUCCCACAACUGCUAAUGGUAGUUAUGUUUUACAACAUGAAGGGCUCAGGAUUUGUGGAACACUUAUCCUUUCUGAAUUUUUUUCUUCUCUGUCAAUAUUUUCCGAGGAUUUAUCGAAUUUACCUAUCUGCCAAGGAAUUCAAAAGGACUAAUGGGAUCUGGGCUAAGGGCCUGUACAACUUGAUUCUCUACAUUCUUGCUAGUCACGUACUUGGAGCUUUUUGGUACUUAUUUUCUAUUGAACGAGAGUUAACAUGUUGGCACAUGGCUUGUGUAAAGUCUGGUAACAAUUUCAGGGAAUGUAUGAGUACUUUCCACUGUGAUAAUCAGAGGACUACUACAAAAUAUAUAACAAUUCUAGACAAGUAUUGCCCGUUGAAUAAUUCAGAUGGUGGUCUGUUUAACUUUGGAAUAUUUCUUGAUUCCCUUAAGGAUCGAAACACAGAGCAUAUAAAUUUCGGAAAGAAGUUCUUUUACUGUUUUUGGUGGGGCCUGCGAAAUCUAAGUACUUUUGGGACUAAUCUGACAACAAGUACGUAUGUGUAUGAAAACUUGUUUGUGGUUUUCAUUUCUAUCGUUGGCUUGCUACUGUUUACAUAUCUCAUCGGAAACGUGCAGACUUUUAUGCAGUUGGAAGCUACAAAACAAGAGGAGAGGAGACGAAAAUAUGCACAAGAUGACGUAGACAAGUGGAUGUCCAUAAAUGAAGUCCCUGAUCAUAUAAAGAGACAAAUCUUGAGUAGCAUAGAAGAACAAGAAUUGGAACAAGAGAGUGAUGCUGAUCUCCAUAAUUCUCUGUUCUAUAUUCGUCCCAAGAAUAUCAGACCACAUCAGAUGCUUCAUUUUUGCAUGAAAACACUUAAGAACGUAAAAAAGCUUCAAAACAUGGCUGACGAAGUGUUGAAGUCGAUGUGCGACUGUCUGAAGCCAGUGACGUACAAUAAGAACGAAUUCGUUUUUCGAAUGGGAGAUCCAGUCGACUGCAUGCUGUUCAUUAUUAAAGGGACAGUGUGGACGUACGCGUUGAGUGAUAGUCAAGCUGGGCAAGGAAUCUCAUCGUUGGCCACCAAGCGCCUCGGGAAAGGUGACUUUUACGGGGAAGAGCUUCUUGAUUGCGCAUCAGACAGUUUCACCGAACUUCCAGCCUCCGGCAAACAUGUCAAAUGUCAGACAAAAGUAGAAGCAUUUCUGCUCAUGGCCAACGACUUGGACGCUGUAGUUUCCGAACACCGGCUAAAGUGGGAGGAAAACGAGAUGCGUUCUCAAGAGGUGGAGAUCAUGGCAACUUAAAAAAUGUGCAUUGAUGUCAUAAUAAUAUACAAUAGCGUUUUAGAAAAAUGCUAUUCAGCCCACGCUAUAAUAGCUAAAGCCUUUUCCACUAUAACGUUUCAGAAAUGCUAUUAAUAGAAAUCAUAGUAUUUUGAAGUGCUAUGAAUUUUCUUUAAUAGCGUUUAUAAAAUUCUAUGUGUGUAGAUGAUA